CCAAUGUUCAUCAGUGCUCCGGUACAGCGGAUAGUGACGUCACCUUCUAAACAACAAGCGCAGGUAGCUUGCUUGUAAACAAUAAUACAGCCGUGGAGAGAGUGGACGAUUCGGAGGGGAGCUCAGGACCAAAACAAAUGCACAAGAUUGCAUUGCACUGGCCAAAAUCGGAUUUAGUCGCAGAACAUUUGAAAGGAAUGGCAUGUCUGAUGGCAGCCUUUUCAGUCAACAAUACUACAGUGACCAACUCUUUCAUAAUGAAUACAAAUGGACCUCCCGAUCUUAUGCUGGACCCAAGAAGUGUGUGUGUGUCCAUCGACGAGGUGAUGUCCAAUCACGUCGGUAGUCAACAGAUGCCAUUGUUACACGCACACCUAAAAAAAGUAGAGAACAAUCUGACUGAAGCCCAGCGAUUCUCGUACCUUCCCCGCAGACCAGCGGUCAACAUCGAAUUCCAAGAUCUCUCAUUCUCAGUUCCUGAGGGACCAUGGUGGAGAAAGAAAGGUUACAAGACUCUUUUGAAAGGAAUCUCUGGGAACUUUACCAGCGGAGCUUUGGUGGCCAUCAUGGGACCCUCAGGGGCCGGGAAGUCUACAUUAAUGAACAUUCUGGCAGGUUAUAGGGAAACAGGCAUGAAGGGAGAAAUUCUGAUUAAUGGACAGCCCAGAGAUUUGCGAUCAUUCAGGAAAGUGUCCUGCUACAUCAUGCAGGAUGACAUGCUAUUGCCACACCUCACCAUACAGGAAGCCAUGAUGGUAUCAGCUAAUCUCAAACUCCAGGAAAAGGAUGAAGGCAGAAGAGAAAUGGUAAGGGAAAUCCUGACUGCACUUGGUUUGCUAGAAUGUGCCAAGACACGCACAUCUAACCUGUCAGGGGGCCAGAGGAAACGUUUGGCCAUUGCCCUGGAGCUCGUCAACAACCCACCUGUCAUGUUCUUCGAUGAGCCCACAAGUGGACUGGACAGUUCCUCUUGCUUCCAGGUGGUCUCACUGAUGAAAGCUCUUGCUCAAGGGGGUCGAACCGUCAUAUGCACAAUUCACCAGCCCAGUGCAAAAGUUUUUGAGCUCUUCGAUAAGCUAUAUGUCCUCAGUCAAGGCCAAUGUAUUUACCGGGGAAGAGUAUUAAGCCUAAUUCCUUAUCUGAGAGAACUGGGACUCAACUGCCCCACCUAUCACAACCCUGCAGACUUCAUAAUGGAAGUGGCCUCUGGUGAAUAUGGUGACCAGACGGCUCGACUUGUGAAGGCGGUCCAAGAGCGGAAGUGUGAAAAAGACUACAAAAGUGAAAUGAAUGGUAACGGGGUUCAUUACCCCGUCCUGUGGCACAGACCAUCUGAUGAGGACUCAUCCUUGUCUGAGGGUUGCCAUAGUUUUUCUGCCAGCUGCCUGACACAGUUUUGUAUUCUCUUCAAGAGAACCUUACUCAGUAUAAUGAGAGAUUCGGUGUUGACUCACUUGCGCAUCAUCUCUCAUCUUGGGAUUGGAAUUCUGAUCGGACUUUUAUAUCUGGGCAUUGGCAAUGAGGCCAAAAAAGUCCUUAGCAACUCUGGUUUCCUGUUCUUCUCCAUGUUGUUCCUCAUGUUUGCAGCUUUGAUGCCCACCGUUCUCACGUUUCCCCUUGAGAUGGGCGUCUUUCUGAGAGAACACCUGAAUUACUGGUACAGCCUUAAGGCAUACUACUUGGCCAAAACCAUGGCAGAUGUCCCGUUUCAGAUUUUGUUCCCAGUGGCCUACUGCAGCAUUGUGUACUGGAUGACGUCUCAACCUUCAGAUGCUGUCCGCUUCAUUCUUUUCCUGGCUUUAGGGACACUCACGUCACUUGUGGCACAGUCACUGGGACUACUAAUAGGAGCAGCAUCUACAUCAUUACAAGUAGCCACUUUUGUUGGUCCUGUGACAGCCAUUCCUGUGCUACUAUUUUCAGGAUUCUUCGUCAGCUUUGACACUAUCCCAAAAUACCUCCAAUGGAUAUCAUACAUUUCCUAUGUCAGGUAUGGUUUUGAAGGAGUCAUUUUGUCCAUCUAUGGGCUAGAUCGUGAGGACCUGCACUGCGAUAAAGAUGAGACAUGCCACUUCCAGAAGUCAGAAGCCAUUUUGAAAGAGCUGGACGUUGAAGAUGCAAAGCUCUACCUGGACUUCAUUGUGCUAGGCAUCUUCUUUGUGUCACUCCGUCUGAUUGCAUACUUUGUUCUCCGCUACAAGAUCAGUGCUGAGAGAUAGACAAGUGGAAGAAAAGAUGGAGAAAGAGAGUACUGUCGAGACUUUCAUGCCUAGAGAGGGCUAGGCAGAGAAUGCCAAAGCAGAGGGCGGUUUGUUCCCUCAAAAAGAAUCAUUGCUUUUUGUGCAGGCCCAAGCCAGGUUUUCCCACACUGGACAGAAACCUGGACAGAACUUAAAGUACAAGUAUAUAGAUGCCCAGCUUUUGCAUGCUUUUUAUAAGAAAAGACAGCUUAGAUGCAGUAGUUUUGGGACCAACAGACAAAGUAACAUUACAUAUUUGGCAGAUGCUUUCAUCCAAAGUACAAGCUACACAUUUUAACUAUACGUGCGUUGCUUGGGAAUCAAACCCAUGGCUUGGGUGUUGUUAACACCAUGCUGUACCAGUUGAGCUACAGACAUAUGAAUUCUGUUCUGGUCUACCUUGGCAUUCCCUCUACACUAUUAAAUAGUGAUCAUUCUGUUAGUAGUGGCUACUGUUCUUGUAAAAGAAAGAACUCAGAAAGCUGUCUCCACUCUUUAGGGUGCAACUGUGUUAUGAGCUGGUCUCCACAUAGUGCACCCAUCAGUGCAACCUUGCUUCAGAUUUAACUAUUACUGAGUUUUCAUCCAACAAUUUGUAUGCAAAUUUUAAAUUUGCACUUAAAUGUGCACUCAGUAUUUUUUUCCUCAUUUAAAAAGUUUUAUUUCUAAACAAAUUAAUUGUAAUUUUGAAAAAUAUGUAUAAUAUCAUGACCACUCACAUGUGAUGAAGACUCCAGUCAUAACAAUAGCCUUAUAAAUGCUGUUUUAUUCUACAUGGAGAGAGUCCCCUCAUUGGAGCUGCCAUGUUAGAAUCACAUGGCCAGCCAAUUACUGCUCACUUAUUCUCAGCAACCGCCCUCUUAUUAGACACUGUCACUCAGGGAUUAAAUUAAUGCUGGUUGACUUUGUAUUGCGGAUUUCUACAGUGGCAUCGAUAACUGAAAACUGGUGUAUUUGAAUAAUGCUGCAUCCAAGCCGCUAGGUGUCAGUGUAUGUCCAAGAUAACAUUUUUAAAAAAUUACUGAGUGCACCUUUUUAAGGAAACUUUAAUGGAAACGCUUGAUAUGUGCAUAAACAAAAAAUUUGCUUAAAAGUUUAUGUGCUAAGCAGAGGUGGAUUUUCUUGAGUUUAGCAUAAGUCAAUAUGUUCGUUAAAGGUGCUGUAAAUGAUUUUUUUAUUAAAUGACCUGCAGAAAACGUCCUUAUUACCAGUCAGAUAUCACUAAAAAAGGUGCCAUGAAAUACCACACCUGUCUCUGUAAUAGCCCUAGGCUCAUUAAACAGCGGCGAAAAGAUGUCCGCGGGAUGCAAUCAGAUCUUUUGUUUAGUUAAUCAGAAGACUUUCUGCCUGUCAAUCAUAGUGCACUUUCACAUCGCAGCCUGCACAGGGUCCUCACAAUCCACCAGAACAGUUUUUCACAUGGACAGCUGCCUAUGUAGACAGGAGGCAACGAGGCAGCUCACUAAGUUUUGAAACAGACCCAGAUUGUCCUCUCCCUGACUCAUUUCGUUGGUUAGGGAUAGUUCAUCCAAAAAUGAAAAUUCAUUCAUUGUUUACUCACACCUGUGUUGUUAUAACUCUGUAUAACUUUCUUUCUUUUUCUUAACACAAUUUCUCCCUUCUAAAGGGAUGUCAUACAAUGGCAGUUUAAACCUAAUCUAAUGUAUUAUUUAGUGAUAGGACACGAGAGCAACAGUUCACACAAACCCCCUUCGCAACAUUGGGGCAUUCAAGCGGAAACUCGUUUUGUUUAUCUAAAAACAGGUCCUUUACAGCGAUAGCAACAACAGAGUUGAGUCCGAGUCCAAAAGGGGCCGAGUCUGGACUCGAGUAGAGUCCGAAUGAAUCUUUUCAUGAAUCUGAAUUAAAAUUGUAACUGUAAACUCAACAUCAAUAUUUUAAGCUUAUUUUAAACUUCACAACUAAGAAAAACAGUUUGUCAAUAUAAACUAAGUAACUAAAAUAACUAUGAAACUAAAACACCUCUGCUGACUUAUAUAUAUGUAUUUUAUGAUUGGUAUCCUGCUGAACAAACUUUAAAGUGGAUUCAGAAUGAGAGCAUAUGCUUUAGGUGUGUGAAGACAAAAAUGUCUUUCAACACAAUUCUUAUUGCGUUCUGUUGACAUUUCAAUUAUUUGUUGCAUUUUCCCCUCCACUUAAACAUAGACUAAAGAGGGUGAAAGCUGCAUUAGUCAUUACAACCAAGGUUAUUAUGUUUUGAAUUUUAAUUUAGUUUUAUUUCUACUUCAUUUUCAAUUCAAUUUAAUUUAGUUUUAUUUAAAAUUAUCCCUAAUUAAUCCCUUGAUAAUAGUCUAUACUGAGACUUUUUUGGGAAAAUACAGUAUAUAUAAAUUAAUCAACACAGUAGUAAUUAGCACUUGCUGAGAAGUUAUGUCUCACGAUUUGACUGCAAAUGCGACAUCCAAAAACACUGGAAAAGCCCACUGAUCAUAUUAGGGCCAUGUCGUCACGGACAUGAUUUUCUAGUUAAAUUGCAGGAAAUCGCAUAAUGCAGGGCAGUUCUGCGUGCUGCUCAUGUACCUAAAUCCCUGAUGUGUCCAUGUGCGUCUCGCAGCUGCUGCUGGAGAAGAUAAAAAAAAUAAAAAAUGUACAUUUGCUUGAGCGGCAGCUGCGUUGGUCUGCAAUCAGUCUGAAAUCUUUAAAUACCAACCAAAGAAAAUUUCAUUGAGCUCUUCUUUAAUUGCAAAAACAUGGAAAAUAAUAAUUUUGAGUCAGAGAUGUAGGCUAAAAAGAGACAUGCAUAAGUUACCCGGUGGUUUACAAUAAAAAUAAAAUAAAAUAAAAAUGUAAAAUAAAAAGUACAUAAAAAAUUUAAUUAAUCUCGUAACAUGAAGUUUAGACAGAGAUGUGUUCAUUAAUUUCUGUUUUGUUAUUUAUUUAUUUUUAUAUUUCAUUGCAUCACAAAUGUCAUGGACUCCUGUGUCCCAAAGGCUCAAGUCCGAGUCCAAACUCGAGUACCCCAACUCUACUAUUUUCCAUGUUAAUCAGAGUUUUUGUCCUAACCGGCAGUGACGAGCGAUGGUACAUUCUAUUGAUCACUUGUUUUCUAUUUUCAGCAUCACGCGGGUAACUCCGUCCACUUUGAAUUGGCAUUGGUCCAAAAACUUUCCAAAAAAUAAGACUGGGCAUAGAAAUGCAUCAAUUCUUUGACUACAAACUCUUGAGACAUGUUUAGUAAGUUCUGUUCUCUGGUUUUUGUGCAGCUGUGUUGUGUUCUUUUGUGCUGUAGAGGACCUGUUUUUAGAUAAACAAAAUGAGUUUUCGAUUGAACGCCCCAACGUUGCAAGGGGGCUGCAUGAACUGUUGCUCUCAUGCCUUAUCACUAAAUAAUACAUUAGAUUUAGUUUGUUUCUCACCAAACCUUAUCGUAUGCUUUCAUAACAAUCAUGAGUCUCAUGGGAUAAUUUAUUAAACUACUGAAUUAUAUUUUUGCAUUCUUUUGAAGUUUGAAGAGGUAGUCACUAAAAACUGUCAUUGUAUGACAUCACUGAGAACAAAUUUUUUUUCACAAUUUCUCCCUUUGUGUUAAGAAAAUGAAAGAAAGUGGUGAGCAAACUAUGACUGAAUUUUCUUUUUUGGGUAAACUAUCCCUUUAACCAAUGUAAGUAUGUUGAACUGGUCGCUCGAACAAAGACAGCAAUGUAUUGAAUGUGCCACAGAGGAGAAAUCAAACUUGCAAAUGGCUUAUUAUACUUAUCUUUUGACAUUUAGCUUGCAAAACAUCUGAAAAAAUUACACACAUUACCUUUAAGGCACCAUACAACAUAUUUUAAACAAUAUAACAAUAUAUUUUAUGCCGUUAAUUAAUUGUCUAUGUAAUUGCCUAUGUAAUCAUGGUGCCACAAUAUAUGUAGUAAAUCUCAUAAACCAUCCUCAAAUACAAAUUUUGGCAGCAUGACUUUAAACUGUUCUCUGAAUUACAUUUUUAAAUGUUUGCAAAGCAAAACAAGAACCUAGGAGCAAUAUUAAACAAAUAUGUGACAGGUUUUUUGUCAUUUUGAUAACAAACCCAAAGGUUCUAAAAAACCCAAACCCUAAAAUGUUCUUCUGAAUAGUCAGAAACAUCAUUUACCAAAAAACUUCUUUAAAAAAUACUUUCUCAUUACUGUUUACUGUUCUAAAUGCCUUUGAUUUUCCUGAAUUACACAGCUUCCAAGGUAAUGUUAGUAAUCAUCAAGGAUCUCACAAAGAUUUGUUCAUUUAUCUGGCAUACUAACAGUGUAUCACCCAAACUUCUUUUAACCACAUUACAGGGUCACGGUCAUUGAUGAAUGCUAUUUUGUUUGUUGACAUCUAUGCACCAUUUCGUGGUUUCUGGUUCUGUGACAAUCAACAUGUUUGUAUUUAACUGCAAAGUCAAUGCAAAAGUGAAAAUGAAGCAGAAUUUUAUUUAUUAUCUGUGUUUUUUGUAUUAAAUGUGAAAAUUUGUGAAUCCUUAGAAAACUCUGAGCUAGGUCCCCAGAGCAUUAUUCAAUUGUUGCAGGCACAAUGUGAAUGCUGAGCUGUAACUCAAGUGUAAUGACCAUUAUAAUUAUACACCAAACCUUUGCUGUGGAAUUUGAUGCGGAAAUUGAUGCAGUCUGUGUUUUGAAAAAUGUUUGAUAGAUAUUUUACCUAUAUUCUGUUGGAAGAGCAUUUCUAUUUAGAAUGUGGGACAGUUUAAAACAAAAUUAUAAUAAAAUAUUUAUAAAUA